CUGGGAGAGUGGGGGCAUAAGGGAGAGAAGGGUCCUAGCUGUGCAGACAAUCUAGAUGGAUCUUCCCCAUGGAGGGCCGGAAGUCCCAGAUCUUCUGCCUCCUUUUGAUUACUGGGGCUGUAUUUGCUGAAAGCUCAGGGUUUGUUCAUGUUCCAAUUCCAACCCGAAAUAUCCUCCCAUUACAAAGGGCUAAUGCUCAACCAGUAUUAUCAAGGCACCCACAAAGAGAGAACAAGAACCAGCUCAUCUAUGGGAAGGAAAAUGAGAUGGUUUAUGUCUUCAUCCGCAUUAACAGUGCAGGGACAGUCCUGCCCUGCUCCUCUGAACAGCUGGGGACAAAGACGUGGAUGGAUCAAGUUUACAAAUGGACUAAGGACACUGGGCAGGAAAUUCAAGAUUCCAAAUAUUGCUCCAUACUGGAGAAUGGAUCCCUAGCCUUCAAGGACUUCGGCCCACAGCAGUCUGGAAUCUACAAAUGCAGUGUCUCCUAUUCCAGAGAGGGCAAGCGCUACACACGGCACUUCCAUUUCUUUGUCAGGGCUUAUCACAGGCCAGACAGGAGUGUGGAGAUCCAGUCUGCCUUUUACUCUCCUCUCUGCAGCUCAGCAACCAACAGCAUCUACAUCCACAGCUUUCUGGAGCAUUUGAAUGGGCUAGUGAGGAAUCUCAGUUGUGAGGUCUUUGAAAAAUACACUAAGUGCAUCUGGCCCUCGCAGGAAAGGAACCACUCUGAAGUGCGGAUGACUGUGCUGAUGUUUCCUUAUGGAGUCAUGUGGGAAAUUCAUUGCCCGCCAGAAAGUAUGAGCAAAAACUGUGAACAAGACAUCGAGGAUCGCUCUAAAGAGGCCUAUGAGAGAAUUCAUCACUCCAUCGAGGUGUUGAAUGAGUUUCAGAUCCGUGAGGGGAAUCUGCCUCCUUUACACUACAAAGCUGGGUCACUUCUGGCCUAUAAGGUGGAUCACUGUAAGCCAGGGUUUGGUAAAAGUAACACUACAGACGGGUGUUCCAACUGUUGCAUUGCUUGUUCCCCAGGGCUGUACAGCUCACUGAAUACAGUCACAUGUGCCACUUGCCCCCUGGGUUCUUACAAUGAGCAUUAUGGGAAGACAGAGUGUGAGACCUGCACAAGGAGCUUGGUGACCUAUCACAAAGGGGCUACGUCCAGUGAAGACUGCGUCCCUGACAUCUCACGUCUGGUGCUGCUGCUGUGUGUAUUCACCUUUGGAGUCACACCAUCCAUCCUCUUCGUUUCAGUGUACAUUGUCAUGCGACUGUUUUUUCCUCGGACAAAGUUGGGCAAAGCUCUGCUCCACAAGGAGCUGGAGUUCCUGCACAAACUGACUCUGUGUGAUGGGGAUACAUCUAAGAAGCCAGGCGAAGAAUCCAAGAGACCAAGGAAGGGGGAAAAUUCGUUCCAACCUCUCCAAGCUGCCCCAAAUGCUGUGGGGCCAUUGGCUGGGCCAGAAGCUCCACCACCAGAGAUUUAAGCCUCACUUUGGUCCUAGGCACAGUUAUGUGUCUUUGCAGGAAAUUGAAACAAAAUUUUCAAAAGUGUAGAGAAA